GGGGAAAAGAAAAUAGGUUUUGGAAGUAGAAAUAUUGGACAGAACGAAAAAAAAAAAUCCAUCACAGAAAGGUGAGAGAAUUUAUCAGGAUAAUAAGCCAUCUUCAAACAGGUAUGCCAUUAAAUAGGUGCAAAUUCCACGUCUUUGUUUGAAAUGUCAAAAAUGAUGCAAUCUUACUAUGUUGGUCAGUCACGUUAAGAGUGAUUAGAUGGAAAGUGUAGAAUAGAUAGUCUCAAUUAAAAAAAUCUAGCUCCUUAAUAGCUGUAUAUGUUGAUGAAAACCAACCACAAAAAUUUUUUAUGUCAAGAUAUUCAUAGAACAAACGCUAUUUUAAAACGCCGGUUGACGAUCCUUAAAUAAAUUUCUCGAUAAAGACUACCCUCUGACAACGAACGACAACAGAAACACACCAGGCUCAUGGCUCUGCGAACUGCAAACUGAUCACGGACAAAUUCAUGACCAGAUCAUACCACGGACGUAUAUGGAUAUUAGUUCGUAAUCAUACAGCUUACGCAGAAACGGGACUAUGGACAGAGGUCGAAUUAGCGCAUUUGUGGUCGAAUUGACCGACCACCAUCAAGGGAGACAACUACAGAGAUCACAUGAUCAAGAAAAUGGACGAUACUCCGCCACCCGUCUGCAAGAUUCCGGAUAAAGAGAAGGAUCGGUAUGCAAAACUCCAGUCAAAGUUUAAGGAACGCUUUGGCCAUGAUCCCAUCAUCUAUGCUAGAGCACCAGGAAGAGUAAAUCUCAUUGGAGAACAUAUUGAUUACUGUGGCUAUGCAGUGCUUCCCAUGGCAAUAGAGCAAGAUAUCGUGUUUGCUGUAUCAACAAACAACAGCAAAGAGAUUACCCUAGUCAACCAAGAUCCCUCCUACAAAGAGUUUUCAUGUUCUCUGGAGAAUUUUACAAUAAGCAGAUCAGAUCCUCAAUGGUACAACUAUGCUCUGUGUGGUGUAAGAGGGGUAAUAGAGCAUAUGGGAGCAGGCAGUGUUGUUGGAUUUAAUGCCUUGGUAGAUGGCAGUGUUCCCAAGAGUGCAGGUCUGUCCAGCUCUAGUGCUCUUGUAUGCUGUGCUGCACUGGCAACUGCUCAAGUCAAUGGCUGGACUCUGACCAAGAAAGUGCUGGCAGAAGUAUGUGCAAAAUGUGAACAUUACAUUGGAACAGAGGGUGGAGGCAUGGACCAGGCAAUCAGCUUUAUGGCUAACCAUGGGAUGGCUAAGCUGAUAGAGUUUAACCCCCUACGCACUACCAAUAUUCUGCUGCCAGCUGGGGCUGCCUUUAUCAUUACUAACAGUCUAGUGGAACACAAUAAGGCAGCUACAUCAGAUUUCAAUAUAAGGGUGGUUGAGUGCAGACUUGCUGCUCAGGUGUUGGCCAAGGCGCAAGGCCUGCCAUGGCGUGAAACGCGUCUUCUGGGUGGAGUGCAGAAGCAGCUUGGUUUAAACUUUGAUGAGAUGCUGUCUUUGGUCAAAGAGACUCUUCACAAGGAACCAUACAACAAAGAUGAGCUGUGCCAGUUGUUGGAGGUGACUCCAGAUGAACUUGCUCUGAGCAGUCUCAGUCAAAACACUACGCAUGUAACAUCAUUUAAGCUAUUUCAGCGAGCCACUCAUGUAUACAGUGAGGCCAGCCGAGUUUACCAGUUUAGAACAGUAUGCGAAGAACAACCCACUGAUGCACUUCAGCGUCUAGGGCAUUUGAUGGACGAGAGUCAUGCAAGCUGUCGAGACUUGUAUGAGUGUAGCCACCCAGACCUUGACAAGCUGGUUCAAAUAUGCAGAGAUUCUGGAGCGCUUGGCUCACGUAUGACUGGUGCAGGCUGGGGAGGAUGUGGUGUGUCUCUGGUGGAGUCCAAAAGUAUCAUGUCUGUUCUGACCAAAGUCCGUGAUGCUUACUACACCCCAGACCCUGCUCGCGCCCCACUCACUAAGCAAGCACUGUUUGCUACUCAGCCAGGCAAUGGUGCAGAGAUUUAUAAUAACUGAUGCCUUUAUACUUCAAGCAUGAUACAGUGAGAGUUGAACAUUUGAUGUUUCUCUGCACCUCUUGGUUGGGAGAGUUCAGAUCAGCAUCCCACACAGGUGACAGGGAUUGCACUAGCUUUGGUGUUUCUUCCUGUUUAAUAUUGGAAGCAUUUGAAAAUAUUUUGUGGACUGAAAAAUUACACAUAUAUAUAUAUAGAAUACAAAUAGUGGUAUUUUUCCAUAGACAAUAUUAUGAUGGCUUUUAAGCUUUGGAGACUUUUCUCCACAAUUUAUUUUGGUAAAUCAUCUGCAUCUUUCAUAUAUUUGUAAAUGAAUGCAGAAUUUUUGUGUUUUUAGUAUUAUUUUUCCACUUUGAGAUAAAAGUGUCAUCCUACACAGAUGUGUACAUGUCUUUGCAUUGAUUUCUUGCUCUGAUUUAUAAAAAGACUUCAAUAAAUACACCUUUGUGCUGGCAAUGAAAGUCUAUACACAAAUCAUCAAAUAAAGUCUUGCAAUUGGC